GCCAGACUUCCGGCGUUACAGCAUGGCUGGGCCCGGAGCGGGGCCGCCGGUGAAAGUGCUGGCCUCCCAGCUGCGGGGGGCGAUGCGUGACGCUGACGGGACCUGGCACUUGGGCCGGGCGGAGACGGGCCGGGCGCCACUGCGCUUGCGGGCCGUGUGGAUGCAGGGGACCGUCCUGGAGGUGGAGCUUGGCGGCGCAGGCGGCGGCUCGGCCCGGCUGCAGGAUUGCAGCGGCCCCUUCACCGUGCUGGGUGUGGAGGAGGUGCCUAAAGGUCGGCCCUGCCUCAGCGCAGGGAAGUAUGUAAUGGUGAUGGGUGUGGUGCGGUCCUGCAGUCCUGAGCCUAUUCUUCGAGCAAUAAAGAUGACAGAUCUUUCUGAAAAUCCCGUGCAUAAGAGUAUGUGGAGCCUUGAAGUGGAAGAUUUGCACAGAGUCAUCCCAUGAUAUUUUUUCUUCUGCCUGAAAUAACUGCAAAUGCACCUUUUUUGGUAUCUUUUUGGUGCAGACCAUUGGGCUGUUACAUGCGUUUGUGGUUUAGAACACUUGGGAGUAUACUGAAGUAAGGCUCAAGAGUUAACUGGAGGGAUCUGCAUGUAUCUGAUGAUACUCAUGGUGUUCAACAUUUUCAGUCUUUUUUUCUUUUUUAUACCAAGAGGUUUGGGAUACACUUGAUGCCUUCUAAGUAACAUCUAUGCUGUUAAGAAUACUGCAUGUUCCUACAUAAGUUGCUGUUUCUAGAAACCUAUGUUGAGUCUGUCAUUCCUGUACCAGUGUAUUCUUGGCAGCAGAACU